AUGGCGGUACUGAUUGUUGGCGAUGUGAGAUGGCAACUUAGGAACGUACUCGAUCACUGUGGCCGUCAAAUCGUGGAUGCGCACCGGUCAAUUCACGAGAAGAACGUAAGAUUUGAAUACCUUUGUUGAACCAUGCGUGCUUAUGCAUUUCAGCAUAGAACCCUUUUUGCAGGCAGCGUUUUCAUCUCAGGAUUCUCGACGAUUUCAGGGAUACCAGAAGAAAAUGGAGAGUAAAGCGGAAUUCGACAACAAGAGGAUCAAUUUGAUUGUGUCCGCUUCCUCAGGGGCGGUUUUUCGCAGACUAACAAGGUAACGGUUUUCCAACGAGGCGCUGAUAUACGUGAAUAACAUUUCCAGCAGUGCUUACUCAUACCCUCAUAAGGACUGGAACACACUACGGACAAAGUAA